AUGGAAGUGACGACAGCAGCUGAUACCAUCCAGGAUUGUGAGAGGGGCGACACCAGUGACAAUGCCGACUUUGCCGCCUACCUGACCCAGACCGGCCAGAUCAAGCAGUCCGAGGUCGGUGGGCUCUUUGAGGAAGAGGACCAGGAUAAAUGGAGAGGAUGA